UGGAGACGGUCUAGUCAGGCUGGAUAGCGCUGGGGCUGCGGAGCCCACUUGAUCGGGAUUGUCGUAGCACAGCGUUUUCGUGGGGCAAAUAACAGGAUGAGCCAGGGCUGGGCUUUCUUCGAAGACCUAGCACGACUGAUUCGUCGACGAUGAUCCAUUCCCAUGAAAACGAAAGAGCUUGGCUGUUCGGAAUUGUGGCUCCGAGAUCGUGACCCGUCUCCUCUCCCCUAAACUCCCGCCCGAGACUUAGCGGUGCGGCUGCUUCCUGAGCGAGCCCGCCCACCCGUCUGUGGGAGUGUUACCCCGAACCGGCCCAGAGAGGUAAGGUCGUCAGGGUCCCGGACUGGCAGCGGGUGCUUAUAGCCUGGAGCCGAGCUCACACAACUUGACGAAGAAGGCCGUUCUGGUGUCACUUCUAGGAAGCCUAGCAGACUCGCCCCGUGAAAUGGCGCCUCGCGCUCGUCAACCAGUGGAUUUUGUUACACGUUUUUUUCCGUGAACUCAGCCCAGCAGAAAGAUGCAGCCUUUGCUCCCCACUGACCGCUGACCCACCACCUGAAUGACAGCACCUUCAUGUGCCUUCCCAGUUCAGCCCCGGCAGUCUUCAGUCAGUGGCCUCUCACAGGUCACCAGCAGCCUGUAUAUCAGCAGUGGCGUGGCUGCCAACAACAAGCUCAUGCUCUCCAGCCACCAGAUCACCACAGUCAUCAACAUCUCGGUGGAGGUGGUGAACACCCACUACGAGGACAUCCAGUACAUGCAGGUGCCUGUGGCUGACAGCCCCGCCUCACGCCUCUGCGACUUCUUUGACCCCAUCGCUGACCACAUCCACAGUGUGGAGAUGAAGCAGGGCCGCACACUGCUGCACUGUGCCGCUGGCGUGAGCCGAUCGGCCACCCUCUGCCUUGCCUACCUCAUGAAGUACCAUGCCAUGUCCCUGCGGGAUGCCCAUACGUGGACCAAAUUGUGCCGGCCCAUCAUCCGGCCCAACAGUGGCUUCUGGGAACAGCUCAUCCACUAUGAGUUCCAGCUGUUUGGCAAGAACACUGUCCACAUGGUCAGCUCCCCAAUAGGCAUGAUCCCUGACGUCUAUGAAAAGGAGGCAUGCUUGAUGAUUCCACUAUGACCCAUCCCAGCCACCCCCGGCCCCGGGAUCAGAGACAUAGACCUGCCGUUGAUCCUGCAUCAAGAUCUGAACUUGAACAUUCUACUUUGGUUGAUACAGAAAAAGCAGAUGGUGCCUUUUCUAAGGGUGAGGAAAAAAGGAGGGUUGCUAGAGUUUUUAACCUUGGAAUCCGUAUCGUUCAAGAUUAAACUCAUUAAAUGUAAGGUGGUUAAAAUAAGUUUUCAGUCCUGUGAGUGGCAGGUCAUGGCUGCUGGGCCCUGACCAAAGAAAAGAGGGAGGCAAGUGGUGCCCCGCUCAGAUGAACCUGCAAGUAGCACCCAACACAUGUGGCAGGUCUGGAAUCCUAAAGCCCUCCUCCAGGCCAACUAACCCAGGAACAGGUCCACCAAAAGACCACCUCAUUCUUUUGAACCUAAAGCCAGAGCCUUAAGGAUCAUGGCACCACCUGUGCUGCUUACAGGGAGUGCCAGCCUAUUGGAUAAGUGGCCUUUGGGAGGUGCCUCUGGAUCCCUGGGGGCCUCAGGCCACUCUGCUUCCACCUUCAACCACAGUGGUCCAACUCUGGUUUUCUAGAUUGGACUUACACAUACGGUAGUUCUUAAAAAAGCAUUUACUAUAAGAAGACAUUCAAAUUUUUGAGUGCUGUUCUGGAUGGCAAGGUCUGAAGAUGCCCUCAGCAACCCCACCAGCCUUUAGUCCCCUUCUCUGGGGCACAUGCUGAGAGAGCAGACCUGAUGUCAGGCUUCAGGGUUCCUGUCAUGGAUUUUGACUCAAUGCUGGAGCUACAGGGCAGGCCCAUCUCUGUCACCUCCUCUCCAUGUGACCUGGGGCUUUUCAGAGGCGCACUUUCCUCACCUGUCAAAGCAACAACAGCGCUUCUCUGCAGGGUAGUUGUGAGGAUGACAUGGUUCCUUAGCAUGGUGCCUGGCAUCUGGUACAUGCUUUGGGUAAACAGCAGCUCUUGUUACUCAGGAUACUCUUUGGCCCUGCUGGUUGGGGAUCAGCACAUUGAUCCUCAUAACAGCAUUUCCCCACCUGUGCACAACAUUUAAUGUUUACAACAUGCUUCCGAAAGAUCUUCUUGUGUGUAAAAAAAAAAAGGCUUAAGGUCCUUUCUGGUCCGACAUUAGGGGAGCCCUAAAUUUCGAAGCCUUUGCAGAGUUCCCAUUGUGUUCAAUCCAUGCGCGCCAAGGGGUUGUGAGUGGAGGAGCACAGUUCCAGCUCUCCCCUAAACACCUGUUUAAAUCACUGACUGCUAGAGCCAGCUAACCACUGGUAUUCAUGAGGGCACCUGCCAAAGGUGCAGCUGAGAGACCCACCGGUAGGCCCAGAAUCUGGGAUAGUUCAGACUCCACUGGUUUCUGGGAAUCUGACUUGAGACCAGCUAUUCUAAUCCAGAGGUUUACAGACAAAUACACAAAUGCUCCAGUUGGUCCAGAGCCCAGUGGAGGCUGAAUACCCUUUCUCACCAAACCCACCCCCCGCCCCCAUCCACAUGGACGUGUCCAGGGGCACAGUUGGGAAGGAAAAAAAGAAUGAAAAUCACUGGUCUAGACAGAUCCACUCUUAUUAGAGAUGGAAAAACAGGCCCACAGAACAUCAGGGUCAGUGUGGCAGAGCCCCACAGAGCAGCCGUUCUGGGGGAAAUCCACAUGAGAAAUUUAUUUUAAAGCAUUUUUUAAAAGAAAUUUGAGUAUAUAGAUUUUCAUUUUUUUAACUUUCAAAUUAACAUACUGUAAGAUUAACUUUUUUGGGUGUGCUGUUCUGUGAGUUUAACACGUGUAUAGAUUGAUGUAACCACCACAACAAUCAGGACACAGAGUAGUUCCAUAACCCCCCCCAAAAUUCCCUCAGAUCAUUGCCCCAUCCCAGCCUGUGACAAACACUGGUCUGUGCUCUGUCCUUAUAGAUUUGCAUUUUCCGGAAUGUCAAUAAGUAUCCUCAUGUGCGAUGUGACCUCUGAAGAAUGACUUCUUUCAGCAUAAUGUGGGAGGUUCAUCCGUGUUGUUCCAUUGUACAGAUGUACGUGCCAUGGAUUCUUUUACAUUCACCUGUUGAAGCAUAUUUAGGUUGUUUCCAGUUUUUGGUGAAUAUGAAUAAAGUUGUUAUAACCAUUCGUGUAUAGGUUUUUUGUGUGAACAUAAGUUUUCAUUUUUUUAGAGUAUGUAGGUAAGAGUGUGAUUGCUUUGUCAAUAUGGUAAAGGUAUGUUUAAUUUUCUAACUGCCACACAUUCUCAGUGUGGCCAUACCAUUUUGCAUUCCCACCAGCCAUGUAUGAGAGAUCCAUAUUGGAGGAUUUCCCUACUCCCUUGCCAAAUUUUUUUUGCCAGUAUUUGUUACUGCCAACACUUUUUAUUGUAGCCAUUCUGAUAGAUGUGUACUGAUAUCUCAUUGUAGUUUUAAUUUGCAUUUGAAUAAUGGCUAAAGAUUGAGCACUUUUUGUGUAGUUAAUUGCUUUCCAUAUAUUCUCUUUGGUGAAGUGUCUGUUUUAAGUCAUUUGCCCAUUUUUUAAUUGGUUGCGUGAUAGUUACAGUUGUGUGUCAACUUGCCUGGGCCGUGAUUCUCAGUGGUUUGGCAGUUACGAUGUAAUUUGGCAGCUAUAUAAUGAUGUAAUCACCUCCAAAGUGAGAUCUGAUAUAAUGAAAUCACUUCCAUGAUGAGAUCUGCUAUGAGUAGCCAAUCAAUUGAGAGAGAGCUUCCUUAGGGAUAUGGCCUGCAUCCAAUAUAUGUGAACUUUCUGGCAAAGUUUACGGACUUUUGCUUAUUCUGGGUCUUGCAACUGGUUCCUGUUCAUCUGACCUCAGUUUCCUGGGACUCAAGCUAGCAGCUUACCUGCCAGUCCUGGGAUUCACCAGCCUCCUCAGCCUGUGAGCCAGUGGCUGGCUGUGUUGCCUGCAGAUCUUGGGAUUAACCUCCACAGCAUGUGAACCAGAGGACUGCUGUCUGACCCACCAAUCUUGAGUUCACCAGCCCCUGCAGCUAUGUGAAUCAUGAGAAGCCUCCAGCCUGACCCAUGGGCUUUGAGCUUUCCAGCCUCUACAACCAUG